CGCGCGCGCGCGCCCGCCGCGAUGGCCACCCUGACCCGGCAGGACCUCAACUUCGGCCAAGUCAUCGCUGAUGUGCUUUCCGAAUUUUUGGAAGUGGCUGUCCACCUCAUCUUGUAUGUCCGAGAAGUGUACCCCACUGGAAUCUUUCAGAAGAGGAAAAAAUACAAUGUACCUGUCCAGAUGUCCUGCCACCCGGAGCUGAACCGAUACAUCCAAGACACCCUUCAUUGCAUCAAACCUCUGCUGGAGAAGAACGAUGUGGAAAAGGUGGUGGUGGUCAUCUUGGACAAAGACCACCACCCGGUGGAGAGGUUCGUCUUUGAGAUCAUGCAGCCGCCCCUGCUGUCUAUCAGCUCGGAUUCCCUUCUUAACCACGUGGAGCAGCUCUUGCGGGCCUUUAUUCUGAAGAUCAGCGUGUGCGAUGCUGUCUUGGACAACAACCCUCCAGGCUGUACUUUUACGGUGCUGGUGCACACCCGAGAAGCUGCCACCCGCAACAUGGAGAAGAUCCAGGUGAUCAAGGAUUUCCCCUGGAUCCUUGCUGACGAGCAGGAUGUCCACAUGCAUGACCCACGGCUCAUCCCUCUGAAGACCAUGACGUCGGACCUUUUAAAGAUGCAGCUGUAUGUAGAAGAGCGAGCUCAGAAAGGUACCUGAUUCGGAACAGCCUGUUUCAGAUCAUUGAACACUUCUCAAGCUAUACCCUUUGCACUGUGGAGAAUGCUGGUGCUAAAAAAGAAAUACCCAUUCUUGGUCACCUGACACGCUCUGCCAGUCGCUUUCCCAGCGUGGGUGUGCAUUAUGUGUUUUUUCAAAGUGCUCUUAGCCCCGUAGCUAGAAGAGAAAGAGAAUCCUGUAGGAGCAAAUCCAGCUUUCCUCAGCAACUCUGUGUGUGGUGUACUUAACAAGCUUCCAGUCCUGAGUGAGGAUUGAUUUUAAAGUUGUGCAUAGGAAAAGGAGCCGUUGUUCCUUUGUGGUUUUUCAGCCUUAAGAGGACUUCUGUGUGUCACUUUCUUUUUUGAGUGCAUCUCUGUGAUUUAAGGGCUACGGGGAGUAUGUCUGUUCCGUGACAGGUCAGAAUAGGACCUUGUGUAGCCCUUGUGUACUGUGGUAUUUUUCGCCUACCAAUGAAUUAAUAAAAAAUCCAUCGUAAAGAAA